AUGUCUCUCGUGUCGGGCGAGAAGUCGAACUUCCAGUUCAUCUUGCGUCUGCUCAACACCAACGUUGACGGCAAGCAAAAGGUUGUCUACGCCCUCACCAAGAUCAAGGGUGUCGGUCGCCGUUACUCCAACCUCGUCUGCAAGAAGGCCGAUGUCGACCUGAACAAGCGCGCCGGAGAGCUUACCUCCGAGGAGCUUGAGCGUAUCGUCACCAUCAUCCAGAACCCCACCCAGUACAAGAUUCCUAGCUGGUUCCUCAACCGACAGCGCGACAUUGUUGACGGCAAGGACUCGCAGGUCCUUGCCAACGGUGUCGACUCCAAGCUCCGUGAUGACCUCGAGCGCCUAAAGAAGAUCCGGGCCCACCGUGGUCUGCGACACUACUGGGGCCUCCGUGUUCGUGGCCAGCACACCAAGACCACUGGCCGUCGUGGCCGGACCGUCGGUGUCUCCAAGAAGAAGGGUGGUUAA